GACAUAUGAUGAGCUUGUUAAUAUUGCUAGACGAUAUACAAAGAAUUGGCGUAACGUUGUUGUUGAUAUACUUGAUAAAAAUUUGCAAGGUAGAGAAUUUAUUGUUAUCGAUUUAACUAGAGCAAAAGAAGACGCUUUAUAUCUUCGUAAGGAAUGGGACCAGCCCCUUGAUCUUUCUAUCUAA